AUGGGGAAGAAACUGGACCUUUCCAAGCUCACGGAUGAGGAGGCAGCGCACAUCUGGGCGGUGGUUCAGCGGGACUUCGACCUCAGAAGGAGAGAAGAAGAAAGGCUGGAGGAGUUGAAGGACAAGAUCAGGAAGCAAGCCUCCAGGAGGGAGCUGCUGUCCGACACGGCGCAUCUGAACGAGAGCCUCUGUGCCCACUGCCUGCAGCCCUUCCAGCUCCUCGCCAGCGGCCGGAGGCAGUGCCAGGCCUGCGGCCUCUUCACCUGUGGGAGCUGCGGGCAGGCCCAGGCCGAGGCGCAGGGCUGGCUUUGCGGCCCCUGCCGCCUGGCGAGGGUGGUGCAGAUGGGCUCUCUGGGAUGGUACUACGAGCACGUGAGAGCCCGCUUCAAACGCUUCGGCAGCGCCAAAGUGAUCCGGUCCCUCUGCGGGCGGCGGCAGGGGCCAGGCGAGCCUGAGCCAUGUCCUGGAGAGGGAAGUGGGGACAGCGAACAGACAGACGAGGAGGGACAACUGGACAUGGAGGCCCAGGCCCCAGCUCUUGGCAGCAGAUCCCUGUCAGGAGAGCCCUGCGUGGGGGACGCCGCCUCCCAGGAGGCAGAGGUGCUGGAGGAGGUGGACUCGGGGGACCCCGGCGGACACCCGCAGCCACAGGAGCUUCUGGACAGCCUGGAACCUUCCCGGGUGGAGGCGCUUGCUGAGCCGUGCCCACCUGGAGACGCCCACAGGACAGCCCAGGGGACCGCUGGCAUGCCCGGGACUCGUGCCUCAGAGAAGGGGCGGCUCCCCUCGCGGUACCUGGCUGAUGUGGACACGUCGGAUGAAGACAGCAGCCAGGCUCACAGGGCCGCCUCCCAGAAUUCCAAGCGGAGAGACCGCUCUGCCACGGCAAGUCAGCAUCUGGCCACCGGAACACACUCGGAGGCCGACAUGGAGGAGGAGGCCCUGAGAAGGAGGCUGGAGGAACUGACCUCCAACAUCAGUGACCAGGGGAACUCCACAGAGGAAGAGGAAGAGGAAGGCCGGGAGGCGGAGGCCGGUCCAGCUGGCGUCCUGCCCAGCGCGGCCCCGGAGGUUUCAGACAUCGAGUCCCGGAUCGCAGCUCUGAGGGCUGUGGGGCUCACGGUGAAGCCCUCAGGAAAGCCCCGGAGGAAAUCCAGCCUCCCGAUCUUUCUUCCUCGAGUCGCUGGGAAACUUGGCAAGAGUCCACUGGCUCAGAAUGACCCUGCGGACGAGGUCCAGGGGGCAGCCCGGCCCCACCUCCUUCCCCGGAAGCCUGGCCCUAAAAACCCAGGCAAUGGCUCUUUUGAUCGGAAGUCCCUGUCCCGCGGCUCCCUGACCCAAAGGAACCCCAACGGGAGGAAGGAGGCCAGACAGGUCUUCGCGAAACCUGUGAUGGCCCAGCAGCCCUGA